AGUUCAUUUCCAGGUAGACGAAGCAGAGGACAGACGUACUUUUUGUCAGGGAGACACAACUCAACAAACAAGGCUUAAAAUCUGCUAGUUUUCUUCUACAGUCACAUACGCAAGGUAGCCAACCCCAAAAUCUGGAAAUGGGUUCGACCUGUUCAUUACAAGGGAACUGUUGUACCAACUGUUGUUCGAACAACAGUUCGUACAACAGUUGGAACAACAGUUCGUGGUUUGCAACGGACGAAGAGGAUCUGGAGACGGCUCCAUGGGUUUCAGAGGACGAGACGAAUUUGAGACCUUCAAAUUUGGACCCCAAUAGUCAAAUGGCAAUUACCAGGAUUAAGAAGUCAAUACCACUACAGUAUGAAUACAUAAAAUGUAUAGGCUACGGAGCCUUCGGUCAAGUGGUGGAGUGUCAAAACAGAGACACUCAGGAAGCUGUGGUGGUUAAACUUCCCUUCAAAGUGCGAGACACUAGGUCGGAGGUCCAUAUAAUGCGCCGCCUGAUGGAGCAGGGGGCGGACCAGAGGAACAUAGUGAAGUUCUUCGGGUCUUUUAAAACUAAUUUCGGCAAAGGCAUGAUCCUUGAAAAGCUGGACAUGACUUUAGAUGACUUUUGGUGGAUUCAUCGCCCUUUGCCCCUCUCGGAUAUUCGCACCAUUAUCCAACAGGUGGCUACAGCUUUGGAGGCGCUGAAGGAGAUGUCCUUAAUCCACGGGGAUCUUCACAUGGAAAAUAUAAUGAUCUGUGAUCAUACCCAGAGGCCUUUGACUCUCAAAGUCAUUGACUUUGGCUGGGCCAUGUCCACAGCCGAGGUCACAGCAGACUCGCACGUCCCCUGCAUCAGGGCUCCAGAAGUGAUUCUGGGGAUGCACUGCAAUGAAGCUGUGGAUGUGUGGAGCCUGGGAAAACUGUUUGCCCUAAUGUUGAUACAGCAGAAUAUAUUCCCUGCCAGAAAUAAAUAUCAAAUAAUGAAGGUUAUAGUGCACCUCUUCGGCACACCAUCUGCCUCCUUCCUCGACACAGGAACUGAGACAUGUGUGUACUUUAAACGCAUUGGUCAAAAUUGGAUAUUUGAAGCACGCCGGUCUGCCUCGCUUUCAUCGGAAUGUACUGACAAGUACAAUUCACUUCGUCAUGUGAUAGAGGGCGAGUUCAACUUGUCGAGCCUGGAGGACGACAGAGACAUGGAAGCAGCCACAUUGUUGCUCGGCAGGAUGCUGGAAGCUGACCAUGACAAAAGAAUUACACCGUCUGAAAUCCUCCAGCAUCCAUUUAUCCGUGAUGAACUUGAGAAUCCUUCAGUGAGACAACUUUACAUCCCCACAGAGGACCAGGAGGAUGAACGUGACAUAUUCAACAAGCCACUGACCCGUGAGGAGAUCAGUGCAGUUCUCCCGGAAGGCUUCAAAGUCAUCAAAAUGCUGGGGAGUGGCAGGUUUGGUCAGGUGUUCAAUUGCAGACGAGUGGACACCGGGAAGAGUGUGACAAUCAAGCUGCCAUAUUCACACAACAAGACUCAGCGUGAGAUCCAACUGCUGGAAACAAUUGCAGAACAGAAGGCGGAUCAUAAAAAUAUAGUGACAUUUAUUGAAACGUUGCCAACCGGCCGUGGGGAGGCUCUAGUUUUGGAGGAGCUAAGUAUGAACUUAGCUUCGUACAUUAAACAACGCUCCCCACUGCCCAUGAGUGACAUCCGGGCCGUUAUCCAGCAGACGGCCACGGCUCUACAGACCCUGGAGUCCAAGGGGAUAAUCCAUACGGGUGUUACAAUGGAAAACAUCUGGCUGUGUCACCGUAGCAACGAGCCAAUUAAGAUCAAAUUGGCCGAUUUUGGAGCUUUUAUCGAGCAAAAGAGGACGAUACCGGGCAUGACGGCGCAACGUGUCCACUACAGAGCUCCAGAAAUCAUCCUUGGACUCCCGUUCGAUGAGGCCAUAGACAUCUGGUCUCUGGGCACCAUGUCGGUCACUUUGCUCACUGGGUGUGAUUUGUUUCCCGACCGAACAGAAUUUGAGACUCUGACGACUAUAGUCAAAAUAUUCGGUCAACCUCCUGACUACAUCCUCAGUGAAGCGAUCAACACCCAUGAGUAUUUCAAUGCUGAUGGGGCCAGCUGGAAGAUAAAGACCGCACAGGAGUUUGAAGAGUCUUCUCAGCUGCCUCAGAAUACGAUCAAGACCCACGAAACAGACGCCUUUGACUCUUUGGAUGAAGUAAUUCAGUCCAGUGUUGCACACAGUUAUGACAGCGCUGAGCUAGCUGCGUGCAUUGACCUGGUGAAGGCGAUGCUCACUCUGGACGGGACUCAGAGGAUCACUCCUGCUCAGAUCCUGGAGCAUGACUUUAUCAGUAUGAGCAGAGAGGUGGAAGCGCCAGUGUCUGAGGAGCAGGUCGACGCCGUCCAGAAGCCCCUGAAGUCACCCGUUUUCAUCACGGUCAAACCAGCCUCACCUGAAAACACCACAGCCUUUGUAGAAGAUCCUCCAGUGAGCAAGAGUUUUACACCAGUUAAGGGUCUUAAAAUGAGCGAGUCAACCAGAAGUCUAACACGGUUGUUGGCGGAGGCGGCGGAGGCGUUGGUGGCGGAGGCGGCAGUGGCAGCGGCAGCAGCAGCAGUGUGUACUGUGCCCUCUGAACCAGUCUUAAGGGAAAAACCUAAAACAAUAGUGCAGUUUCUGGAGCAGGACAAGCUCCAGAGUGGCAGGAUGCAAAGUAAGAUGGAGGCAAGACUGGACACUGAGGAGAAGACCAAAAGCCCACAAAAGCAGAAGAAACUGUGCUGGACAGAAGAGUCUCCGAUGCCCAAAACAAAGAGAAGACUACGCUGGAAGUGGAAAGUGGCUCCGAUGCCCCAGGAGCAGCUCUCGGCAGGUUCUUCUGGCCCACCGAAGCAAAAGAAGAAGAACUGCUUCCAAAAGAUCCUGUCCUGGUUCAGAUGUGCCAGCUGUUUCUGCUCUAACACGGUGGAAUAACUUAAGUG